AUGUCGAUUGACUUCCCAAAAGAGGAGGAGGCCGUUCUCGAGAAAUGGAGAGAGAUGGAUGCUUUCCACCGCCAGCUUGAGCUGACGGCUGAUCUCCCGCGAUACACUUUCUACGACGGACCUCCAUUCGCCACUGGGCUACCUCACUUUGGCCAUCUUCUUGCCUCGACUAUCAAGGACAUAAUUCCUCGUUAUUGGGCAAUGAAGGGAUACCAUGUCGAACGACGCUUUGGCUGGGAUACUCAUGGCCUCCCCAUCGAACACGAGAUCGACAAGAAGUUAGGGAUCUCUGGUAAAGCUGCAGUAACUGAGCUUGGUAUCGGAAAGUACAACGAAGAAUGCCGGGCGAUUGUCAUGCGCUACGCCACCGAAUGGAGGGCUACCAUAGAGCGAUUGGGGCGCUGGAUUGACUUUGACAACGAUUAUAAGACCAUGGAUUCUUCAUUUAUGGAGACACUUUGGUGGGUUUUCAAGCAGCUGUUCGAAAAGGGAAGCGUGUACCAGGGCUAUCGAGUCAUGCCAUACUCGACGGUGCUUACGACUGCACUGAGUAACUUUGAAGCCAAUCAAAACUACCAGGAUGUGACAGAUCCUGCUGUUGUUGUUUCUUUUCCCCUACUUGACGAUCCGAACGUCAACCUCCUGGCUUGGACGACUACACCAUGGACACUCCCUUCACACACCGGCCUAGCAGCGCAUCCCGACUUUGAGUAUAUCAAAAUUCAAGAUGGGCAGUCUGGAAAGAUUUAUAUUCUUCUAGAGAAGUUGUUGGCUACUCUCUACAAGGAUCCCAAGAAGGCCGACUUCAAAAUUAUUGAAAAGAUCAAGGGCAAGGACAUGCUAGGCUGGCGAUAUGAGCCCUUAUUUGAAUACUUCUACGAAGAAUUCAAGGAUAAGGGGUUCCGUGUUCUGAAUGCUACUUAUGUUACUGCUGAUAGUGGUGUUGGUAUUGUUCACCAGGCACCUGCGUACGGUGAGGAUGAUUACAACAUUGCUCUUGAGGCUGGCAUCAUUUCCGAGAAGCGCCCGCCACCAGACCCAAUCAACGACACCGCUCAUUUCACCGAUCGUGUGAGAGACUUUGCUGGAAUGCAUGUCAAAGAAGCAGACAAGCAUAUCAUCAAGUACCUCAAGAACUCUGGUCGUUUAGUUGUCGAGUCUCAGAUCAGGCACUCCUACCCAAUGUGCCCUCGAUCGGACACCCCGCUCAUUUACAGAGCAGUUCCGUCAUGGUUUAUUCGCAUACCCGAGAUCGUUCCCGACAUGCUCAAGAAUAUUGAGGGCUCGCACUGGGUCCCUAGCUUCGUUAAAGAGAAGCGCUUUGCCAGCUGGAUUGCUAAUGCUCGUGACUGGAAUGUGGGCAGAAACAGAUAUUGGGGCACUCCUAUCCCUCUGUGGGUCAGUGACGAUCUCGAGGAGCGAGUGUGUAUUGGAAGUGUGGAGGAGCUACGUAGGCUCAGCGGACACAAGGGCGAAAUCACCGACCUACACCGCGACAAGAUCGAUCAUAUCACGAUACCCAGUCAAUUAGGCAAGGGCGUGCUGAGACGUGUCGACGAAGUCUUUGACUGCUGGUUUGAAUCUGGCAGCAUGCCGUAUGCCAGCCAGCACUACCCAUUUGAAAACGUGGACAAGUUCAACGCAUCAUUCCCUGGAAACUUUAUCGCUGAGGGCUUAGACCAAACCCGUGGAUGGUUCUACACGCUACUGGUCUUAGGCACGCAUCUCUUCGGCAAAUCGCCCUUCCAGAAUUGUGUCGUGAAUGGAAUUGUCCUGGCCGAAGAUGGAAAAAAGAUGUCGAAACGUCUGAAAAAUUAUCCGGACCCAUCGAUCGUUAUGCAGAAAUACGGUUCAGAUGCCCUGCGCUUGUACCUAAUUAAUUCGCCCGUCGUUCGAGCCGAGCCCCUUCGAUUUAAGGAGUCGGGCGUCAAAGAAGUAGUCCAAAAGGUUUUGCUUCCUCUUUGGAACAGUUACAAGUUCUUUGAGGGCCAAGUUGCACUUCUCAAGAAGGUGGAAGGAGCCGAUUACAUGUGGAACCCUGACUUGGAGAGUACAAACACUAACGUCAUGGACCGCUGGAUUCUGGCAAGUUGCCAGAGCCUUCUUCAAUUUGUCAACAGGGAAAUGAAAGGGUACCGCCUGUACACCGUCGUUCCCCGAUUGCUAGAGUUGAUCGAUAACACAACCAACUGGUACAUUCGCUUCAAUCGUCGUCGUCUCAAGGGCGAAAACGGCCUAGAUGACACGCAACACGCCCUUAACGCGCUCUUCGAGGUCCUCUUCACACUUUGCCGAGGUCUGGCACCUUUUACACCAUUCUUAACUGACAACAUUUACUGCCGACUUCUACCUCGUAUCCCAAAGAAUCUUCAGGCAGAAGAUCCUCGCAGUGUUCACUUCCUUCGAUUUCCUGACGUGAGAAGCGAAUUGUUUGACUCUGACGUGGAGCGUCGUGUCUCGAGAAUGCAGAAAGUCAUCGAGCUUGCCCGUGUUUCUAGAGAACGACGAAGCAUCGGUUUAAAGACACCGCUCAAGACAUUGGUGGUCCUCCACCACGACCAGCAGUAUCUUGACGACGCCAAGUCUCUCGAAGAUUACAUAACCGAGGAACUCAAUAUUCGAGAUCUGGUGCUCACAAGCGAUGAGGGCAAAUACGGUGUGCAGUAUAGUGUUACCGCCGAUUGGCCAGUCCUUGGAAAGAAGCUCAAAAAGGAUAUGGCCCGAGUAAAGAAAGCUCUUUCUUCCUUGACAAGCGAACAAUGUCAGGGAUACGUACGUGACAAAGAAAUUCUGGUGGACGGAAUCAAACUGGAAGAGGGCGAUCUAGUAGUUCGCAGAGGUGUCAAGGAGGACGAGACAGCCAAGACGUGGGAAACUAAUACGGAUAGCGAUGUGCUUACCCUUUUGGACGUGCAUGUUUAUGAGGGCUUGGCACAAGAAGGUCUUGCGCGCGAAGUCAUCAACCGAGUUCAGAAGCUCCGGAAAAAAGCAGGCCUGCAACAAACCGAUGAUGUCAAGAUGGAGUAUCAAAUGCUUUCUGAUCCAGAGUCAAUUGGCUUGGAGGAAGUCCUUGUUACACAAUCUGCUGCCUUUGAGAAGGUUCUCCGCAGACCACUGGAAAAGCAUGUGGUUGGGGUCACAGGCGAAGCAAUCGCUGAAGAAGAGCAGGAGAUCCAGAAGGCCACUUGGAUUUUGAGAUUGCUUAAGCUUUAG